UCCAUCAUCUCUUCCUGCAGUCGUUUGCGCCCCAUUGCUUUCCUCACCCAUCUCUCCUUGCGCGGCGCACGACCUUGUCGAGGGGGUGUGCGAAGUCUUGGCUUCUCCUAAUCCAAGCCUUCCAAAAAGAUGGCCUGAGCAGUUGAAAUUUCUCCACGUGGCCUCAUACAAUCGAGGCUCAGGAGGCCACCUCGACUUCAAGACUGGCUUCCCCUCGUCUUGUCGCUCGCCUGCUUGAAUCCUCGCCCAAGAUGGAGAUGAUCAGCUUUAACAUGGCGCACGGCUUUGCCGAGGGCGUCGUUCGAGGCUACAGGGCGUCGCUGCUAACCAGUCACCAAUACGCGAGCCUGACGCAGUGCGAGACGCUCGACGACCUGCGCAUGCAGCUCAGCGCGACCGACUAUGGCAACUUUCUCGCAAACGAGCAGCCUCCGCUGAGCACGGCCGUCAUUGCCGAGCGAGCCACGGGCAAGAUGGUGGCCGAGUUCGACUACCUCCGGUCGAACGCGACAGGCGACCUCGCCAAGUUUCUCGACUACCUCACGUAUUCGUACAUGAUCGACAAUGUCAUCCUCUUGAUCACCGGCACCCUGCAUGAGAGAGAUACCCACGAACUGCUCCAGCGCUGCCACCCCCUGGGCGUAUUCGACACGAUGCCUGCUCUGUGCGUCGCCACGACGGUGGAAGAGCUGUUCCACUCUGUCCUCGUCGAGACUCCGCUGGCGCCUUACUUCCGCGAAUGCCUCUCUGCGUCGGACCUCGACGAUCUCAACAUUGAAAUCAUCCGAAACACGCUGUACAAGGCCUAUCUGGAAGACUUUGCCGCCUUCUGCCAGUCGCUUGGCGGGUCGACGGCUGAGAGCAUGACGAAGCUCCUCUCGUUCGAGGCCGAUCGGCGCGUGCUCAACAUUACCCUCAACUCCUUUGGUACCUCGCUGUCAAAGGAGGAGCGUGCCCGCCUGUUCCCCACCAUCGGCAGGCUCUUCCCGGCUGGCAACAAUAUCCUGGCCAAGGCAGACGAUGUGGACCAGGUCAGGGCCGUGUGCGAGUCGGUGCCAGAGUACCGAGGCUUCUUUGCAGGCGACGGCGGCAGUGGAGGGGACGGUGACGGGGCGGCAGAGGGGCUAGAGGACAAGAUGUUCAAGGAAGAGACAAGGCUGAACCGGGUGGAGACAAUCACGCAGUUCCAGUUUGGCAUCUUCUACUCGUGGCUCAAGCUCAAGGAGCAGGAGAUCAGGUCCAUCACCUGGAUCGCAGAGUGCAUCGCUCAAGGUGUUCGAGACCGGAUCAGUGACUUUGUCAACGUGUGA